UUCGUAUAAAAAUGAUGGUGAGCCCACAAACAUACACCAGUCCUCUUCAGUAUAUUGAAAGAGAAAAAUCCAACCUCUGCCAUCAUGAAAGUAAUACUCGUCAUUGUAGCCACUGUGGCUGUUAUUGUCACAGCGGAAAAACGUGGAAAUUAUCGUAACGUACCGAGCUACAAAACCUCGAGCGGAGCUUAUGAUCAGCGUCAGUACGAAUCGACUACCUACGCCAGCCCGACAUACACCACUGCAUCGUACCCAGUUGCCGAAACCGAUUCAUUCUAUCAAGACGAGUCUAUCUAUACGAAAACAAACGCACGGACAUCAUACAAACCAUCUGCAACUACACCUUCGUAUUCGAAAUCCUCUUACGAGCCGUCAACUUCGUCCUACGUAAGUGAGCCGAAAUAUUACGAAACCCAAAAGCCUGAUGGACGAUCCUACUCUUCGAAACCCACCUACACCGACUCUUCUUACUCGUCUCCGGCCUACACGACGACAACAAGCGCACCUUACUCCACCAGCCAACGAUAUGCCGCUCCUUAUUCGAACAAGCAAGAUGCCUACGAUUACAAGCCGAUGCCUUACGCAUUCAGUUGGGGAGUUAAGGACGAAAAAAGCUAUAACGAUUACUCGCACCAGCAGGAGAGUAACGGCAAAGUUGUGACCGGUUCUUACCGCGUCCUUCUUCCUGAUGGUCGUACUCAAAUCGUAACGUAUAAGGCUGACGAAAAUGGUUACGUAGCCGACGUUAAAUACGAGGGACAGGCCAAAUACGAUGAAUACAAACCAGCAUCCAAGUCCAUCUAUAAAUCUAACGAUGACACGUAUCAAACAGAAGCCAAACGCGACAGAAACUACGAACCGCUGGAUUACGCCAAAGCUUCAGCCGGAUACAACAAUGCCCAGUCCUCCGGAACGGCUUACGCAACGUAUGACGUUCCAGCAGCUUACACCACAUCGCCUUACAAGCCGACCGAGUACUAAUUUUUCCCAUAUGAAAACUAUAUGCUUAUGUAAUCAGACAAACUGCGAUCAACCCCAUUUGAUAACUGAAAGAGAAUCUUUUUUAAUAAUAACUGAAAGACAUAACA